AUGACCGGGUGUCUUCCAGUUGCUGGCCUCCGAUGCCUGACCAGGGACAGUGGGAUGGCUGCGCAGGGCACACCAUGCUUCCUCCUGACCUUCGACUUCGACGAGACCAUCGUGGAGGAAAACAGCGACGACUCGAUGGAGCGCGCUGCGCCAGGCCAGCGGCUGCCCGAGAGCCUGAGAGCCACCUACCGCGAGGGCUUCUACAACGAGUACAUGCAGCGCGUCUUCAAGUACCUGGGUGAGCAGGGCGAGCGGCCGCGGGACCUGUACGCUAUCUACGAGGCCAUCCCCCUGUCUCCGGGUAUGGGAGAUUUGCUACAGUUUGUGGCCAAGCAGAGCUCCUGCUUCGAAGUUAUUCUCAUUUCGGAUGCCAACACUUUCGAUGUGGAGAGCGCCCUGCGUGCCGCCGGCCACCACGGCGUGUUCAGUCGCAUCCUCAGCAACCCCUCUGGGCCUGACGCUCGGGGACUGCUGGUGCUGCGGCCCUUCCACACACACAGCUGCACGCGCUGCCCAGCCAACAUGUGCAAGCACAAGGUGCUCAGCGACUACCUGCGUGAGCGGGCCCACGAUGGUGUGCACUUCCAGCGCCUCUUCUACGUGGGCGAUGGUGCGAACGAUUUCUGCCCCAUGGGGCUGCUGGCGGGCGGUGAUGUGGCCUUCCCGCGCCGUCGCUACCCCAUGCACCGCCUCAUUCAGGAGGCACAAAAGGCCGAGCCCAGCUCCUUCCGCGCCAGCGUGGUGCCCUGGGAAACCGCCACCGAUGUGUGCCUCCAUCUGCAACAGGUGCUGAAGACGUGCUGAGCACUGCCGCCUGGAGGGGGCGCCCCGGCUAGAGGGCUGAGGAAGGGCAGGGAGGGGGAAUUGGGAAAGACAAACCUAGUUUUACUACUCCCUCUUCCCUUUUCGCUUUGCUAUGUCCCUCCGGUAAUUUCUGGAAUUUCGUUCUGGGAGAGGUUCUGAACGGUCCCUAUCUAUGCAGUUGACCCAGAUCUGCUGCCCUCCCCAGUACCACGGCAAACAGUUCGAUUCUGGAGUCUGUCCAUAGCAGAGUGGUGUGCAUACCCUGAAGGACAGCAGCGUUUCCAAAACCCUGUGCUCCGAACUGGGAGGAAGGGGCUCCUUGGCAGAUGAGAAAACGAACACCUCCCACUGCUUUAACUGUUGCCUCGGCUGCGUAAC